AUGUCGUUGCAGAGUGGACUGGACGGUGGUUCUAACAGUCCUGGUUCUCAGUACCCAAAAUGGCUCGGCAGCCCCAACUCUCACAGCAAUGAUGACUUUGAACCCUGGACAACAUUUCGUACCCGUGCCAGCUCUGAUGCCAGUACGCUCAGCGGCCGUCGCUCACCCUUCCUACCUGAGGAGGACGAGGCCGGUGAGGUUCCCAUCGGGUACCCAGGCACCAAACUGGGCGGCCCCCUCCCCAGCCUUUCCGAAGUGACGGGUCACCACAGUUUCGAGAACGUGAUGAUGGACAAUCUCUUAGACAACCUCAACCUCAUCUCACCCAAAAAUAACACCCAGGGCAGCCAAGACGCCCAAACUGCACUGUCUUCGCCCAUGAUGCAGGGUAGCCCUGGGUACCCGUCUUACAACUCCCCCAAUAUGGGUCCUCAGCCCCAAGUCCAGCAGGACUACCGGAAGUGCCUGUAUGUACAGGCCGGGGUGGGCGGACUGGGUCCCAUUGCCAUACCGACUUUAUCGGACAGUCAACCAGGAGGCUACGGACCCUUCGUGAGUCAGUACAACUGUGCUGCAGGGCUGCUCAAAGAGCUGCUGAGCGCAGAUGCACAUCCGAGAGGGGACAUGAUGCAGCCUUUAGAGUCAGUGGGGUCUGGAGAAGGGCGACGGGGGCUACCUAGCCAUGCUAGUCAAGGACAAAUGGGACAGGGGGGCAAAAUGAUCACGCAUCCUCACCUGCACGCGCACCCGCGCUCGCUUCAUCAGUUGCCCUCGCCAGCAAUGGGCAUGAAUGGCUGUGCCCUUUUGCCCCAUGGGCAUCCUGUUCGCCUCGGUAACAUGAAGCUACAACCACACCUGCCUCAUCACGCUCAACUGGGAAGAGGCAGAGGCGAAGCCGGGAUGCCGAAUUACACCAAUGGCAACGGUUUCCACAGGCACGGACCGGGUCCUCAC